CACAAUCAGUUUCCGCGUCCUGGUGUCUUCCCGCCCACCGCAGCUCUCCGCCUGCCUGCUGGGCGGACCAAGGCCGAACCGAGCCGCGCAGUUCCGUGUUGCAGAGCGCGAGGACGCGGCGGUGUCACGCGGACAUCCGGGCAAAGGCGUGCGUGGGGAAAGUGUGACGGAGGCACACGGUCAAAUUUGAAAGUGUAACAGAAAGAGGUCAUGAACGACAGUGAGGGGUCCUGUGUUGACCUCUGACCCCUCAUGGAGCAGGUCAGGGACGUUAACGAGCUGUCGGGACAGUGUGGGAAUUUGUGGAAUCUGGGCCAGGACAGACUUGGACGUUUGAUGUGACAGGCCGCGCUGAACAUGGAGCAGGACUUCACACAGUUAACCUUUGACCUCUGCUAAGUCACUCGAUCGCAACAACAACAAGAAGAAGGCGGGCACGUGAGCUUUCCAAGAUGGCCACCGCAGCAGGAAGGACGCACAUGGUGAGAGACUUUAACCAUUUCAUCACGUGCUACCUGUGCCGAGGUUACCUCAUCAAACCCACCACCGUCACAGAGUGCCUGCACACCUUCUGUAAGAGUUGCAUCGUGCAGCACUUUGAGGAGAGCAAUGACUGUCCCAAGUGUGGCAUUCAGGUGCACGAGACCAACCCCCUGGACAUGCUCAGGUUGGACAACACGCUGGAGGAGAUCAUCUUCAAGCUGGUUCCAGGACUCAGAGAGAAGGAGGAGGAGCAAGAACUGGAGUUCUGGAGGUCAAAUCAACGCAGUGAGAAUGUCCAGGCUGAUAGCUUUGUGAGGGCGGGGCUUCCUGGCGGUGAUGCCGAGGACGGCGGCGAUGAGGACUAUCAUAGGAGUGACCCUCAGAUCGCCAUCUGUCUGGACUGCCUCCGCAACACGGCCCAGACCGACGAGAGCACGGUCACGGAUCUGAUGAAGAGAUUUAUUCGCUGCUCGAGCCGAGUCACAGUGGGAACCAUCAAGAAGUUUCUCAGCCUCAAACUCAAACUGCCAAGCUCUUACGAGCUGGACGUGUUGUGCAACGGCGAGAUCAUGGGUCGAGACCACACGCUGGAGUUCAUCUACAUGACUCGAUGGAGGCUGCAUGCCGACAAUACGUAUCCAAUGGUCCUGGAGUACAGACCACGCAUCGACUUUGGAUGACCGCGCACGCGUACACGGAUGGGUACGCACACACAGGAUGUUGCGAAGAAGCUAUUUUUGUAGAGUGAAGUGUAAAACAUGUUUAAGAGUUUUUAUGCUACAUAGGAUAAUAAUAAUAAUAAUAAUAUAUGAAAAUGUGCUUGUCUAUCUUGACAUUAAAU